AUGCUCUCCCGCUCCCUCCCUACCCAACCCUCCCGGAUCAGCUUUCGCAGCCUCCUGACUCCGUCUCCCGCUUGUAGACAAAUUCACACCGGUCGACGACCGACCGUGAAUCGAACCCUGGCGACCAUCAACAGCCCGUUUUCUACUACAAUUGCUCCUACAUCUCGACUCUCCUCGAUCUCUCGACACCUUUCUUCUUCCUCUUCGGCCUCAGAGAGCAACAAGUCAUCCACAAUGGCACCUGUGAAUGUUCAGCAGUAUGACUACAUCGUCCUCGGCGGUGGUAGCGGUGGUAGUGGAAGCGCCCGUCGCGCAGCUGGCUGGUAUGGCGCAAAGACUCUGAUCGUGGAAAGCGGCCGGUCUGGUGGUACCUGCGUUAAUGUUGGAUGUGUUCCCAAGAAGAUGACUUGGAACUUUGCGACUAUUCAGGAGACGAUGGACAUCGGCAAGCACUACGGCUACGAUAUCCCCGAGGGCAUCAAGGUCGACUACAACAAAUUCAAGAACACUCGCGAUGCCGUGAUCAAGCGCUUGAAUGGCGCCUAUGAGCGCAACUGGGACAAAGAGGGCAUUACUCUAGUCCACGGCCGCGCUCGCUUCGUCGAGCCCAAGGUCAUUGAGGUUGGCCAGGAGGACGGCAGCGUUGCCCGCUACACUGCUCCCCACAUUCUGAUCGCUACUGGUGGCCAUCCCAUUCUGCCAAAGGUCCCCGGUGCCGAGCAUGGCAUCACCAGCGAUGGCUUCUUCGAGAUGGAGGAUCUCCCGCCCAAGAUGGCCGUUGUCGGCGCCGGCUACAUUGCUGUCGAGCUGGCCGGUGUUAUGAACGCCGUCAACGUUGAGACCCACAUGUUCAUCCGUGGUGAGAAUUUCCUGCGCAAAUUCGACCCCAUGAUCCAAAAGACUAUGACCGAUCGGUACGAGGCUGCCGGUGUCCACAUGCACCGUCAACACGCCGGUUUCAAGGAGAUCCAGCUUAUUCGCGAUGGCAAGGGCAAGGAUCGCCUGAUCAAGCUGAUUAGCCAGGACGGCUCCGAGCUCGAGGUUAACGAGCUUCUGUGGGCUGUUGGCCGUGGCCCCGAGAUAGAGGGUCUUUCGCUCGACAUCCCCGGUGUCAAGCUGAACGUCAGCGGCCACGUCGCUGUUGACGAGUACCAGAACACCUCGGUCGAGGGUAUCUACGCUCUCGGUGAUGUGACUGGCCAGGCCGAGCUUACUCCUGUCGCAAUUGCUGCCGGUCGCCAACUUGGCAACCGUCUCUUCGGCCCUCCCGAGCUGAAGUCCUCCAAGAUCUCAUACGAGAACAUCCCUACCGUGGUCUUCUCUCACCCCGAGGUUGGCUCGAUCGGUCUCACCGAGCCUGAAGCCCGUCAGCACUACGGCGACGACAAGAUCAAGAUUUACCACACCAAGUUCACCGCGAUGUUCUACGACGUCGGCCUCUCCCCAGAGGAGAAGGCCAAGAACCCGACCGAGAUGAAGAUCAUCUGUGCGGGUCCCCAGGAGAAGGUCGUUGGUCUGCACAUCCUUGGCCUUGGUGUUGGCGAGAUGCUGCAGGGCUUCGGUGUCGCUGUGAAAAUGGGUGCGACUAAGCAGGACUUUGACAAUUGUGUUGCUAUCCACCCCACUUCCGCGGAGGAGCUUGUUACCAUGCGGUAA